GUCGCUCUGCAGGAGGUGCCGAUCUGCGGGGAGCGCGGAGCUGAUUGGCCGGAAGGGACCCGAAGGCACCGCCCUGGGGCUUUAAACCUCGGGAGCGGGGAGGAGACGCGGUGUGGGAUUGGAGGAGCUAACCUGGGGUCCCGCCCCCUCUCUUCGCGGACACCCUCCCCACAGGGGGCGGGGUGAGGGAGGAAGCUGGUGCCACAUAGGAGAGAUCCUCAGGAAGGAGCCAGGGCUGACCCUUGCAAAUCACUUGAAGAUCUCCAGAAAGGAGACAGCAGCUGAUUCUGGGAAGGGCUCAAGGAUCACCAGGAAGGAGCCUCCAGAAGCCUUGUAGAAUAGGAGUUGGAACUACAGACAAGGAGCCAGACAGUGAUGGCUCAGAACUUCUCUCUAGCGGACCUUCAGAUGCAGAGAAACUGGAUCAAAUUUUGGAAUGUCUUGUUUGCUGAUUUAGUGACUUCCUCUCCAUAAGAUCUCAAGUAAAUGCCCAACAUGCCUCACCGGACCAUUCAUCUCUUCCGGAAGGGACUUCGGCUCCAUGACAACCCAACUCUACUGGCUGCACUGGAGUCCUCAGAGGUUGUGUAUCCAGUCUACAUUCUGGAUAGAAAGUUCCUGAUGUCUGCAAUGAAUAUGGGAACUCUACGCUGGCACUUCCUGCUGCAGUCCCUCGAGGAUCUGCAGAGGAACUUAACUAAACUGGGCUCUUGCUUACUGGUUAUUCAAGGAGAGUAUGAGUUGGUUCUUCGAGACCAUGUUAAAAAGUGGAACAUUACCCAGGUGACUCUAGAUGCUGAGAUUGAACCAUUUUACAAAGAGAUGGAGAGGACCAUACAAGUUCUGGGGGGAGAGAUGGGAUUUGAUGUGCUUUCUUUGAUGGGCCACACGCUUUAUGACAUCAGACGGAUUUUGGACAUGAAUGGUGGGACUCCCCCCUUGACAUACAAAAGAUUUCUUCAUAUCCUCUCUGUACUCGGGGACCCUGACAUGCCUGUACAAAACCUUACAAUCGAGGAUUUCCAGAGAUGUAAGCCUGUCCCUGAGCUGCGCCUGGCUGAAUGUUACAGGGUGCCCCUCCCUGAGGAUUUGGAAAUCUCCCGAGAUAGCCAGUCCCCGUGGAGAGGGGGAGAAACUGAAGGGCUGCAGCGACUAGAGCAACACUUGAAAAAUCAGAUGUUGUUGUUGCCUUUGGAUUGUGGUGCACAGAGAAGCUUGGGAGGAAUGAGCUGGGGCAGCAGCUGGAAUGCAGUGUCUUUAUACUGGUCCCUUUUGAUGCAGGGCUGGAUAGCAAAUUUUACUAAACCAAAAACAAUUCCAAAUUCUCUGCUUCCAAGUACUACAGGACUGAGUCCCUAUUUCAGCUUGGGCUGUUUGUCAGUUCGGAGUUUUUUUUAUAGAUUAUCGAACAUUUAUGCUCAGUCAAAGAACCACUCUCUGCCACCUGUGUCACUUCAAGGACAGCUUCUGUGGAGAGAAUUCUUCUAUACAGUGGCAUCAGCGACACCAAACUUUACCAAAAUGGCAGGGAACCCCAUCUGCCUUCAGAUCAACUGGUACCAGGAUGCAGAGAGACUCCACAAGUGGAGAAUGGCUCAGACAGGGUUUCCAUGGAUUGAUGCUAUCAUGACUCAGCUUCAUCAGGAAGGUUGGAUUCACCACCUUGCUCGACAUGCUGUUGCCUGCUUCCUGACUCGAGGAGACCUCUGGAUCAGCUGGGAAGAGGGCAUGAAGGUGUUUGAAGAGAUGCUGUUAGAUGCAGACUACAGCAUCAAUGCAGGAAACUGGAUGUGGCUGUCAGCCAGCGCUUUCUUCCAUCAGUACACACGCAUUUUCUGCCCGGUCCGCUUUGGCAAACGCACAGAUCCAGAAGGACAAUAUAUCCGAAAAUACCUCCCAGUGCUAACGAAUUUUCCUUCCAAGUACAUCUACGAACCUUGGACAGCACCAGAAGAGGCACAGAAGCAGGCAGGAUGUAUUAUAGGUCAAGAUUAUCCACUCCCUAUGAUAAACCACAAGGAAGCCAGUGACCAUAAUCUGCAACUCAUGAAACAGGUCAGAGAAGAACAGUAUGGAACAGCACAGCUCACAAGAGAUGACAUGGAUGAUCCAAUGGAAAUGGGGCUAAAGCGUGAACGCUCUGAAGAAAAUUCAAAGAAAGGAAAACGUGCCAGGAACAGAGAACAGACAUAGAUUCUGUAAGGACUUAACCAAGAUCUGCAGAAUGGCAAAAAGAAGAUCCAGAUUCUUGUUGGGGGAAUCAUGUGAACAGUUAAUAAUUGUACUGGAUGAAUGGCUUGUACUAUAUUUAAGUGCAUUUGGGAACAUUUAGUUUGCACUGGCAGGUAAUACACAGACCAACUAAUGUGCAAUUCAGUGCACUUUAAAAAUCACACACACACCCCGCAUGUUUAUAUUACUGCUCUGUGUAGACCAGCCCUAAAACUGCACUUGGUUGUGUGUGCCAACCCUACCUGUGGGCUCACAGUGCUCGAUUCAGCAACGUGUACCAAUGUGCAUGUGGAAAUGUUAAGCACGCAUGCAGUCCCAUUGGUUUCCAUAUGACUACCCAUGUACUUAAAGUUAGACAUGUGCUCAAUACCUUGUGAAACUGGGGCUGCAACCCAGUUUUCGAUAGCGGCACUAAAGGCCAUCAGAGUAAGUUCCUGCAAAAAUAUGGGAUUUUUUUGUUAAUUGAAUGCAAGCAAAAAGUCACUUUAAAUUGAAAUGUUUGUGAAAUUUCAAAGAGAAGUAGAGUAGCCCAUUGUCUGGUUGGGGGUUUUAUUUGGGGAGGGGGUUGGUGGUUUUGUUUUAAAUAGAUUUUUGUUAUUGUUAUUGUUGAAGUUUCUGACUUAUGCAAAUUAGAGUCCACAGAACAAUCCACCAUCAUGCAUGGUGUCCUCCUGUGUCUCUGGGACAACUCCUUGAGGGACUGGUGGGAAGGGCAACUCCAGCGCACUCUGGCAUCUCCAAGUUCCUUCAUCCCAAAGAGCCCAUGAACCUAGUACGGAAAUGGCACGAAUCAUGACAAUCAAUAGGCCAUGGAGAGAGGUCAGACAUUUCUGGUGAUAAUGCUGGAUCAUCCAGUGGCCUUUGACAAUGCUCAUGACAAGGCGUUGCUAGUACAUCUGCAGGACCUGGCAGGAAUUAAUAAAAUUACAUAUCUACACAGGCCUGAAGAGGAUCAGUCCUGUCACCUCUGCUGUACAAAGUCUACAUGAAGCUGCUGCGGGAAGAGAUGGCAUGCAGAUGAUAUUCAGCUCUACGGUUCUUCAUCAGACAUACUAGUUACCAGGGGACCUGGAUGAAAGCCAGUUCUCUAAAACUUAUGUGGGAGAAGAUGGAGGUGCUAGUUAUGGAGGGAAGAAUAGCUCAGUGGUUUGAGUAUUGGCCUGCUAAACCCAGGGUUGUGAGUUCAAUCCUUGAGAGGACCAUUUGGGGAUUUAGUUGGGGAUUGGCCCUGCUUUGAGCAGGGGGUUGGACUAGAUGACCUCUUGAGGUCCCUUCCAACCCUGAUAUUCUAUGAUUAGCAAGGAAAAGUAUUUUUGAGAGGAAGCACUGGUGCAAUCUGUUACUGCUCCAUCUGCUCAGAUGUGGUCAAAACCCAGUCUUGGGGUUUAACUAGACUCCUCACUGCUCCUAGCCAUACAAACUGCAUUAGUGUCCAGAACAUAUUUGCCAACUACAGGUGGAAAUGGAGGCUUGGAUGUGGAGCUUGCCUUGUCAUAGUCAGGGUGUCAGUCAUUACUCACAAGCUCCAUAUGGCCUAGGCCUAAAAUCUCACUACCUAAAAGAGCACCUUUCCGUCUCUGACCUAUGCUUAUAAAGAGCAUUGUAACUAACUAUCUUAAAGGUGACACUUGGGACAGCCAGAGAUAGGACCUUUAGUAGCAGUUCAAUACCUCUUAAAUUCAUUACCACCAGAAAUGUAUUGUUAUGCCAAUAGGUGCUGAUCUCAUAUACAUUAAAUCAUUGAUGUAUAGGCUUGAAACUCUCCAUAGAAAGAGUUUAAAUUAACCAUAUUAAGCACCCAAUCAGCCAGUAAGGGGAUUGUGUGGGUUAAAACACUCUCUUGUGGGCAGUUUAACACUUUCUGAAGUUCCUUUGUAUUGCAAAGUGGUUGUACAGAAGGAGGGUUGAUGCCUACACUCACCUUUUGAGCUAUGUAGUGCGAGGUGAGCAGGUUUAGACAUGGGGGUGCCCAGGUAAAGCCCAGAAUCUGAAGCAGAAGCAAGGAACAAUGUGUUGAGCACAAAGAUUCCAAAAGAAAUGGAGACCUGAGACAUCUGCUUCCUGGUCACAAAGCAGUGGUGCUUUAGCUGAAGUUUGUGCAGGAGGCAGUUACCCUUGUGACCACUUGUUCAAGGGAACAGGACUUGGGUACAUUUUGUAAAUAAACAAAAUCCAUAUCACCAAUGUCUUCUCCAGGGGGAACCUGACUUAAAAGACCCUGAAAUCUGCUACUUCUCGGCAAAAGGCCAACAAUAAUUAAAUGUAAACUUGGCCACACAUCCCGCUGUGCAGGCUUCCCACUUAUUGAGAGUUAUGAUACCCUGAGCACAUAGCCAACUGAUCAGUCUUUCUCUGUUCUCUUGAGUGUGAUGUUCGACUGUUCAUAUUUGGCAAUGGUAGUGACUGGAUUUAAGCCAUGCAAGCCACUCAGCUACCAAAGUGAUGAGUGCCUUAAAUACAAAAUAAUUCACCAUAUUGGAUGACAUUAUGUUUGUUUUAUACACAAAAAAGCCAACUUUU